ACUAUAACGUGUUCCCUAGCGUGCGCGCGCGUCGCAUUUGGUUGCAAAAAUACAAUCUCGAUUAUUCCUACAUCGAUUCCCAAUAAAUAGUGCAGUGGGUGAAUAUUAAGUGAAUAACUUAGUGCUAUGUAAAGGAAUCCUAAGGGCACGUGCGUCCGCCGCGACGGUCGAUAUGACAGUGACUGUUUAAAUUCCGAACAUGGGUAGCGCGCUCAGCAGUGCGAACAGUAAGAAGAGAAAAGAGCCUCAGAAUGCCGAGUCGUCCAGGGUACUGUUCCUUCUGUACCUGAUUCAUAGAACGUGGAAUGUUCUUGUGGAACACGUGGACUCGAAGAGUGCUAGAUGGCGCACCAACACGGUGCCAAGUUCCGAAGAAUUGGGUCGAAGAUUCGACUCAAUCAGCUUGGGAGACUCCGACCUUGGAUCCUGUUAUUCCACCUGCAGCUGCAGCUACUGCAGGCUGAGGGAGUGCGCCCAUGAUUGUGUGAGUGAGCUGACAUUACUGGACGGCAUGGCAAACUGCGCAGGCUGGAGCGAAGAGCCUGUAUCCAAGGAUAAGCAACGACCACCGAUUUAUAAUCCAGAGGAUUACGCGACAUCGCUCAAGAAAUGGGGCAAGAAGUUGAGUGGGGGCAACUUGUACGAGGUGGAUCCGGGGCAGGACCCCAACAAGGCCAGGACCCUACCCAGCCAGGGGAGCAAGGACUUCAGAAAUCCUUGUCUAGGAGUGGGAGAGGAGAUGAGCCUCCGCCAAUUCGGUUCUCCCAGCGAACUCCUCACCAAGCUGAGGGCUGAUCUUCGACUCUCCUUCCCAAGUUUCGUCCAAGAGUUCGCAAGCGAACCGUUAGAUGGCGUGACAUUACUUCUGGAACUGUUACGCAAUGUGCAGCUGAGCCAGGCAGGAGAUGCGGCGCGAGGCCCUCCAGCUUUACGUCGGAGACCGCUGCUUGACGAACUGGCUUGCUUACAAUGCCUGUGGAGCUGCAGCACGAGGUACCCGGACUGCGUGCGGCGGCUCGUCGCCAGCUCCAACGGAGUGUACGCCCUCGCUGUUUGCAUCAUGUCGUCUGUCAACAAGUCCAGGAUACUGGCUUUACAGCUGCUGACGAAGGCGUGCCUGCCGCCGGCGAGCGGGCACGGCGCGGUGUCGGAGGCGCUCUCCACGCUGCGGCUGCGCUACGGCGAGCCCGUGCGCUUCCGCUUCCUGGCCGGCAUGGUGCACAGCGGCGGCGCGCGCCCCGACCUGCAGGCCGCCGCGCUCUCCUUCCUCGGCGCUCUACUCGCCACCGCGCCCGCGCCGCAGCGCCGCCUCUACAUACAGGCGGAGCUCGAGCAGGCCGGCUUCGACGCGCUCGCGCUCAAACAGACUGUAACCAAACUACCGAAUCCCAACGAGCAAGUACUCAAAGAGAUAGAAAAUUUUGAAAAACAACUAAUUGAUGUUGACACGCUGAGUGAGAGAGCGACGGAGGCGCAAAAGGACAAAGACGAACUGAGGCACAAACUGGAGCUACUGGAGAAGAGAGUUAAGAUAUUACAAGAAGAAAAAGGAAUUCUGCUAUCGUUGGAGAAAUGUUUAAAAGAGAAAUGCUGUGAACUGCAAGAAGAAGUGAGCACUCUGCGGUCUGAGCACGGCAGCUCGAGUCGCAAGAAGACGUUUGUGAUAAAGAAAAAAAACUCCGCGCAUAGAAAAAGGGACGAGUCAUCACCACCAGAAGACGAAGGCAUCAGCUCAUCAGAGCGCUCCCUCAGCCCUGAAGGCGAUCCCCAAAGAGAAUCCAUGGUGUACGAAGUGUUUAACAUCAAAAACGAAACAUAUGACUUAAUGCGAAACAAACGACCGAUCCAUAAAAAACUAGAAAACACCAAAAAGAUUGAACACAAAAAGAACACAGACGACGAAGAUGAAACGACAAUAGAUGAAGUUAUACAAGAAUUAAGAAAUAUAGUUAACCACGCGGAAUCAGAGCAAUAUUUAAACAGGCGAGACAGCAAAUGCAAAAGCAAUAGAACCUCAGAAACGGACUAUCAAAAGGACAGAAGCGAAGAGAAAGAAGAUUCCAUUACAAGUACACGACACAGCAUUCACAUAACAACCAGCAAUGAAUUAGACGGGAAUUUCGAAGAAGAAGAAGAAAUUGUGCCCAGUAAAAUAUUACCGCACCCGCCUAGAAAAGCCAAAAGCCUCGUACAAUUAUUCCCACCUGUAGAACAGGGACUGCUUUACAAUAAACCUCAAGAUAUGUUCGAAGAUAUUUAUUAUUCAAGUGACGAAGGCUCAGACUCUUUGCUCAGUGCAUCGCGUUGUCAAAACCAAGUCACUAAAAAGGAUUCCGUUACGAGUUUCGAUUUCAAUAAAUGCCGGGCCAAAUUUAAGGAAAUGAUCGAAAGGGAUACGGAUGAUAACAAAUUGAAGCGGUCUAGAACUAGAUCUAGAGAGGAAACGAGAAAAACAUCUGUGAAGCGCAGUGAAUCGUUUCAAACUUCAGAAAAGGGAUCGCGACAACGCGAGUACAUAGAUAGCAUGUUUCAUGACAGUCACUCGUCACUAAUCGAACAACAAUCUAGCUCGAAGUGCAGUCGCGUGGAUGAAAUAGUUAAUCUAAUAGAAUCUAAGAAGCUAACUAAAAGCCUAGAUAGAAUAGACGAGGGUUUGAAUUCAAUGGUCGAUAUAGUUAUGGCUCCCGAACCGCAGAAAACUACUUGGUCUUACGAGAGGCGUCAGAGAUCGUGUUCAAUCACCAGCGAAGUGGAAGAACCGCCCUUGAUACCGAGAUCGAGUAGCAGAAAUCAACAUUUCGACACUAAAGAUGAUAAUAAAACCGAUAAAUAUUCGACCAAACCAAAUUCGGGGUCGUUUGAAACGAAUUUUAAUAACACGUUCCUAAUGAAACGCGGGGGUCCCUCAGGGUUCUAUUCUGGGACCCACAUGUUGCGAGAUGCGCCCGCUAGUAUGACGAGUUUGGUCAUGAACGGGACGCAUAGCUAUAGCGAUUUGAAAAGAACCUUUUCCCCGGUCACUUCGAGUAAUUUCGGCUUGAACAAAGUGACCGACAUGCCUUCGGGAUUGUAUUAAUUAUUUAUUAAACCAACGAUUAAUUUAAGUUGUAUGUACCUUACGACUAGUGCAAUAUAUACUCACUAGACUAUCUACUCUUGAAUCUUGGUAAUUUUGUAAGGCAAAAUUGGCUUAAGAUUUUUUUUUUACUUGUAGGCCCAUCGAAUUAAAAAACUUAAUGUGAGAGUAAAUUAUUCUUUAAUAUGCAUGUAAUUUUCUAAAACUGUAUAUACUUGAUUUCAUUAAUUUAAAUAAACAAUAUCAGUCAUAA